AAAAAAAAUAUAUAUUUCAUAUCAGUAAAAAUGCCACCACGAGUUAUUCCUUCGCUAUUUUCAUCAUUAAGAUCACUUCGUUCUCCGACACAUAAAUUAAAAAUCUUACGUACACUCAAUAUUUUAACCUUUUUGACAUUUGUCUCUUCAAGUGUUUAUUCUAUUGUACUUGCUAAACCAAGUAGUAUUGAUAUAUGUGAUAAAUAUCCUACUUAUUUUACUCCUUCAUUAACGUUUAUAGGAGUAUAUUGGUCAAUUUUAUUUUUCUUACAAUUCUGUUUUGUGUCUAGCGUUCAAUUUAAUGAUUUUAAUCUCAUACAAAGAAUAGUUGAAAAUUAUGUUGAUUGGUUGUUUUCUUUUAGCAAUUUGUUCAUGUGUGGAUGGUUAUUCUUUUGGUUGCGCGAAAAUUUUAUUAUCUCGGAAUUCUUUAUUGUCUUGACUCUACUCUCUACAUCAUUAGUUCAAAAUCUUUUAACAUCUAAAUACAUACCAAAUCAUCCUCUUAUUCCAACUUCCGUUAUUUCAUUCAUUCAUAUUCCUUUUUCAAUGUUUUCGGCCUUUUCUUGUUUUCUUUUAUUUCAUAAUGGAUUUAUCCUUUUAUCUCAACAAGGUUAUGAAGAUUAUGGAAAAAAUGUUAAUUUGGCUAUUAUAUCAGCUUCACUCUUGACUAUAUAUAGUAUUUUUUGGUGUACUACUGGUGUAUUCAGUAAAGGAAAAAGAGAUCUUACAUUUAGUUUUGCCAUAGUUUGGAUCCUUAUCGGAAUUGCUGUUCAACAAAAAGAAACAAGUUUAUUAUCGAAUGCUUGUUAUUUAUUAGCUUUAAUUCAAAUUAUGGUUAUUUUCUUUAUCUUACUUAAAAAUUGUUUAGGACCAAGUAAAACUCGUGCAGAAUCAGGAGAAUCAGAUGAAAGAGCGCCUCUAUUUCGACAGCGAAUGAAUUUUUAUGGAGGAAUUAUCGUUGAUAAUUGGUAUAAAGCUCCAAUAAAUGAUGACCAUCCAGGAGAGGUGUAAAUGAAGUAAUUUAAUUAUAUGAUAAUUUAUUAUGAGCUUUUUUUUUCCUCCUUUUUUCUUUUUUAUGUAAAUUUGCGAUAAUGCACUGUUUAUUGGCGUAUGUGUAACAUAAUAAAAGUUAUAUUAAGUAAUAUUUAAAAGAUCUUUG